AUGAAAGUACCAUCGUCGCUUGCUAUCGCUGCCGCGUUCGCCGCCUCGUCCGUGGCAGCGCUGGACGCCAAGUUCUACGGCAUCAAUUACGACACCCGUACCACGAUCGACGGUGGGUGCAAGGAUUUCCUCACGAUCGCCGAGGACUUCAAUGUUCUCAGGCGAGUCACCGACUACGUCCGCAUCUACGGGAUGGACUUUAAUUGCUCCAAGAGCGUGCUCGAAGCCGCCCGCGACAAUGCACUCAAGGUCUGGCUCGGCCUAUGGAGCGAGGUCAAAUCGACUGACGCGGUCGACUCAUUCCCGUCGCAAUAUGACGCCUUGAAGAGGCUCGUGAGUGAUGAAUCGUUCAAAAGCGACAAAAUCCUCGGCAUCCAAGUGUCGAGCGAAGCCUUGUACCGGUACUACGUGAAAGGGCCGGGCAACAAGACCGGCAGCAGCGACCGCCACGGCAUCAACACCGUCCUCGGCCACCUCAAAACAGUGCGAAGCCACCUCCGCGACCACAACUUAACGUUCCCCGUCGUGAUCUCCGACAUCAUGGACAUGUACACGAAGUUCCCCGAGUUGUACGACGAGGUGGACGUGGUCGCUGUGAACCAGUUUUCGUUCUGGGAGAACAAGGCGGCGGAAGAAGGCGCGCACUUUACGUUCAAGCGCUUCCAGGAACAAGAGACACGCGCCAAGCGCGCCGGCAAGCUCAUCCUGUUGCACGAAGCUGGCUGGAGCACAGCGGGUGAGCACCCCAUCGUCACCGAGGCUUCUCCCCGGGCCCAAGGCGUGUUCACGCAGGACUUUCUGACCCUGGCGGCGCGCCAGAACCUCAACGCAUUCUACUUUGCCGCGUUCGAUUUGCCGUUCAAUCCGACCGAUAUUGAACGCAACUUUGGCAUUCACUACGCUAACCGCGAGUUGAAGCGAUGGGUGGAGGAAGUCCACGUCGGCCCGCCGCUCGAAGCGGUCCGCCUCAGGGCCGGAGACAACGUGAUCAAGGCGCACCGCUACUGGAACGCCGACGACGACUCGGUCAACGAGAACUUUGGCCGCGUGUAUGCUGCGAAGGCGUCAGUCGAGCUCGAAUCUGUGCUUGGAAUCUUCGAGCGAGAACGACACGCAGACUUGGAAUAUGUUGGGAACAACAAUACGCAGACCCUGGGCACGUCCCCCUGCUCCAACGUGACCAACGAUCAAAAGUGGAGCUUUGUGAACGGCUACAUUGUGAGCCAGAAUGACGCCAAGUUUUGCAUCGACGUGGACGUGCACGGGAGCUGCCAAACGACCCCCAACGGGAACCUCGUUGUCAAAAUGUCCCCGUGUAACGUUACCGAGGAACCGACCAAGCCGAACUACAUGUACCAGGCAGCCCACGAGCCCCUCGAGAUCGGCAUCAAGACGGACGGCGGCGUGCUGACCGAGUUGUCCGGCAAAGUGACGUGGCAAACCAACCGCCGCACUGACAGCCACCAGUGGUUUUACGAUCCCGUCACCCGGAGUAUUAAGAACAGGGCCUCCCUCUUAUGCUUGGACGCGUCCAAGCGCAUGACCGGUGGAGAUGUGCUCUUGCGCCAAUGCAAUGCCGCCAACGUCAACCAGAAGUGGGUCUUGAACGACAUCACGGGCCAGAUCCAUCAUGCAACGCACUUUGGGUUUUGCCUCGGCGCCCCUGACGACGUCGACGGACUUGUGUACUUGUUGUGGUGUGAUAAAAACGAUGCCAACCAACAGUGGAACAUCAAGCCCAUCCGUCUAAAGACGUAG